AUGGAGGCUGUGGCGGCGGCGGCAAGGGAACCUGAUGAAGGCUGCACAGAGCCCAGUUCUGGGCACUGGGGAGAGCUGAGCUGGAUGCCAGUCCCAUCGAGACCCCUGGACAAGGUGGAAGCAGCAGAGGGAGCACCAAAGGCCCCGGGCAGUGACGCCUCCGGGACUGAGAAUGUAGCAGUGAGUGCCAUGCUGCAUGCCGUGGCUGCCAGCCACCUGCCUGUAUGCAGCCAGCAGCAAGGAGAGCCUGACCUGACGGAGCAGGAGAAGGUGGCCAUCCUGGGCCAGCUGUAUCACGAGAAGCCACUGGUGUUUCUAGAGCGUUUCCGCACAGGCCUCCGCGAGGAGCACCUGGCCUGCUUCGGCCACUUACGUGGUGAUCACCGCGCGGACUUCUACUGUGCCGAGGUAGCCCGGCAGGGCACCGCCCGGCCCCGCACCCUGCGUACCCGCCUGCGCAACCGGCGCUAUGCUGCCCUGCGUGAGCUCAUCCAAGGGGGCGAGUACUUCAGUGACGAGCAGAUGCGGUUCCGGGCUCCACUGCUGUAUGAGCAGUACAUCGGGCAGUACUUAACCCAGGAGGAGCUCGGUGCCCGCACCCCAGCCCACCAGCCACCCAAGCCCGGCUCCCCCGGCACACCCGCUUGCUCACUCUCCGACCUGCUGCUGCAGUCCUACCAGGAACAGGAACUGCAGCAACGGCUGCUCCAGCAGCAGGAGGAGGAGGAGGCCUGCCUGGAGGAGGAGGAGGAAGAAGAAGAGGACAGUGACAAGGAAGACCAGAGCUCUGACAAAGACUCGGAGGCCUGGGUCCCCGACUCAGAGGAGAGGCUGAUCCUGCGGGAAGAGUUCACCAGCCGGAUGCACCAGCGCUUCCUGGAUGGCAAGGACGGGGACUUUGACUACAGCGCCGUGGAUGAUAACCCCGACUUCGACAACCUGGAUAUCGUGGCCCGGGAUGAGGAGGAGAGGUACUUUGAUGAGGAGGAGCCUGAGGAUGCACCCAGCCCGGAGCUAGACGGGGACUGA